AUGACUCAAGAACAAUUGAUUCUUGCCAUACUUUGUGGUAUUAUUGAAGAAAGGAACAGACGCAACAACAAGUUCCACGCGCUGUGCGACGCUCUACGGCUGGAUAAGAGCACUUACAAAACAGUAAAGGCGUUCCUAAAUAGCGAUCAUGAUGAAGAAAAAACGUCUAAACUUUUGGUUGUACAAACAAUGUGCAAUCCUAUAGACUGCAGUCUGGCUCUCACAGUGGCUUACUCCGUGGUGAAUGACCGGCCGUUUUCUUGUGACUGGCGUGCAAUCUGCUAUACAAGCCUUCUAUGGAUGGAUGAAGACCAGAUUCGAUUUGAACAACUCGUUCAUGAACAGUUUCUUCGACAUUGA